GAGCCCGCUGCGGACGCCAUUUCUGUUCUCGGUGGUGUGCGAGGUGGCGAGCGGCGAGCGGGAUGGCGGGCAGGCACCAGGCGAAGCGCUUCAGGCUCGACAGGGAUGGUGGAGCAGAAAACCACAAUAAGAUUUUGCCAUCUGCUGUGGUACAUGUUCGGGGCCUAUUGGAUGGAGUUGUGGAAGUGGACCUCAUGGAGGCUCUUCAGGAUUUUGGCAACAUCAGUUGCGUAAUGCUGAUGCCAAGGAGAAAGCAAGCACUGGUGGAGUUCGAAGACAUUGCUGGUGCAUGUAGCUGUGUGAACUAUGCGGCAGAUAACCCAAUUUAUGUUGCUGGGCAGCUGGCCUAUAUUUGCUUUUCCACAAGUCAGAAAAUUGCCAGGCCAGAUGAUGACGAUUCCAAAUGCAAUAAUGUCCUAUUGAUCAACAUUGCUAAUCCCAUUUACCCCAUCAAUACAGAUGUUCUGUACACCAUCUGCAAUCCCUGUGGGCCUGUUCAAAGGAUUGUGAUAUUUAGAAAGAAUGGAAUUCAAGCAAUGGUGGAAUUUGACUCUGUUCAAAGUGCGCAGAAGGCCAAAGCAUCUCUUAAUGGUGCUGAUAUUUAUUCUGGAUGUUGUACUUUGAAAAUUGAGUAUGCAAAGCCAACCCGUCUGAAUGUCUUUAAGAAUGAUGCAGAUACCUGGGAUUAUGUAAACCCUAACCCUGGUAGACCAGAGCCUCCAAGCAAGCGUUCAAGACCACCUGCCUUGCUUGGCGAUGCUCCAUCCAGCUUUGGUCAUGGCUAUCCUCCUUCAGCGUACCAUGGCUUUUAUGAUGAUGAUGAUGACGAUUAUACUCCUCCACAUCGUUAUGAAGGCAGGGGAAUGGGUCCUCCACCACCUCCACCUCCAGUAGCAGGUCCUCGUAGGGGUCCACCUUCACGGCGCUACACACCUCAGUAUGGUUCCCCACUACAGCCACCACCACCACUUCCACCACAUGGUGAUUAUGGUCCUCUAGCGGAUAGUCCAGUCUUGAUUGUUUAUGGGCUAGACACUAAGAGAAUGAACCCAGACAAAGUGUUCAACAUUUUCUGUCUUUAUGGAAAUGUGCAUAAGGUUAAAUUUCUAAAAAGCAAACCUGGAGCUGCAAUGGUGGAAAUGGGGGAUGGAUUUGCAGUAGACCGAGCCCUCACGUGUCUAAACACUGAAAACUUCCUGUUUGACCAGCAUAUAAAUGUAUGUGUGUCAAAACAGAAGGUAAUUGUUCCUGGUCAAUCAUUCGAGUUGGAAGAUGGGUCUUGUAGUUUCAAGGAUUAUUCAACUAAUCGAAACAACCGAUUCACAAAUGUGAAGCAAGCUGCCAAAAAUCGAAUCCAGAAGCCUAACAACAUGCUACAUUUCUUCAGUGCUCCUCCAGGCACUGCAGAAGAAGUAUUCUAUCAGAUAUCAGACAAAGUUGAUGUGAAGAGGCCUAAAAGUGUCAUAUUUUUCAGUGGGAAAAGUGGAUCUAAGGGAAAUCAAGGUGAGAAAAGUUCUUCUGGGCUCCUGGAGUAUGAAUCGAAGACCGAUGCUUUUGAGGCACUGGUUAUGCUUAAUCACUACAGGCUAAAAAAUCCAGAUGGGCCUGACCUGUACACACUGAAGCUGUGUUUCUCUACUGCCUAACAAGAUCCUGAUCUGGGAGCAGACACAACAAGGCUGAUCAUUGCUUUUGAUGUAUCUGGUUUAGUUUCAACUGUUUUUUAUCUUUUAAAUGCUGUAACAUGUGGUGACCCAUGAAAUGGAAUUGUAUGUUCUCUAGUUAAAGGGCAGUUUUUUUUAGUUUUCCCAUGAAUGAAUGGUUAGUGAAAUGUGGAAUGUGACAGUGUUAGUUGUUAGUAUGUACGAGCAACUGUUUCAACUUGUUUAAUUAUUGGAAAAUUCCUACACUGCAUAAUACCGUACACUAUUUAUGUUACAGCUACAAAGUAUUAAUAAAACGAUUCUUUUAGCC